AUGAGCGUCGCAUUGAAGUUUCAGGCCCUCGUCCGUCGGCCAGUGGUGAAUAGUCCUACUAUUGCUGCUGCGACUGGUCUCCGGCGCACGGCACCAUGGCGACAAAGUUAUUCGAGCGCUGUUGGCGAUACACUGCCUCUGACUGGAAUUAAGGUGCUUGAUAUGACCAGAGUUCUGGCUGGUCCAUACUGUACGCAGAUCUUGGGAGACUUAGGAGCAGAGGUCAUUAAAAUCGAACACCCUGUGCGUGGUGAUGAUACUCGAGCCUGGGGUCCGCCAUUUGCGAAAUACCAGGACGAGUCGCGACAGGGCCCUGGCGAGAGCGCUUACUACUUAGCUGUGAACCGCAAUAAGAAGUCGAUUGGCCUCUCUUUCGCUCACAAGUCCGGCGUCGAGAUUCUGCACAAGCUUGUCAAGGAAUGCGAUGUUCUCGUUGAAAACUACCUCCCUGGAGGUCUCAAGAAGUACAAUAUGGAUUACGAAACACUGCACGCUAUCAAUCCCAAGUUAAUCUACGCCAGCAUCACCGGGUACGGCCAGACGGGUCCAUAUAGCAACCGAGCUGGAUACGACGUGAUGGUCGAAGCGGAGAUGGGCCUGAUGCACAUCACGGGGGCGCGGGAUGGCGCUCCAGUUAAAGUGGGUGUGGCGGUUACAGAUUUAACAACGGGGUUAUAUACUUCGAACGCAAUCAUGGCUGCGCUUAUCGCCCGUGGACGGACUGGAAAGGGGCAGCAUAUCGACGCAUCCCUGAGCGAUUGUCAGGUUGCGACACUGUCGAAUCUUGCCAGUUCCGCUCUUAUCAGUGGGAAGAAGGACUCGGGACGAUGGGGCACCGCGCAUCCAUCCAUUGUACCCUACCGGAGCUACAAAACCCGUGAUGGGGACAUUCUUUUCGGAGGCGGCAAUGACAAAUUAUUUGGAGUGCUGUGCGAUCGACUGGGAUAUCCCGAUUGGAAGACAGAUGCCCGCUUUGUCACAAACAGCGAUCGAGUGAAGCAUCGUGAGGAGAUAGACGGCUUAAUCGAGAACACGACGAAACAGAAGACAACCCAGGAAUGGCUCGAGGUUUUUGAGGGAAGCGGGAUGCCGUAUGCUGCUGUAAACGAUAUUCAAGGAACACUAAACCACUCGCACGUCCAAGCACGUGGAAUGGUCACUGAAGUUGACCACCCGGACUGUGGUCCCGUCAAGUUGGUGAAUACGCCCAUCAAGUAUUCGCAUGCCACACCAGGCAUUAGGACGCCACCGCCGACUUUGGGUCAACACACGGAUGAAAUCCUUGGAGGAAUUGAAUAUGGUAAGGAAGAUAUAGCCCGUUUGAAGCAGGAUGGAGUAGUAUCGUAG